CCAUUAUAAUCCAGAGUGUACAAACGUAGUCUCUCAUAGUGUCGUGGAAACUGAAAGUGGUGGACGUAGAUAUACACGUUCUGUUCUUUUCGGUUUUUUUCCGUUGUCCUGCUUUUUCCAACGCAAACUGUCCAGAAUACGUUUUUUACGUGUAGAAGUAUAUUGUUGUGCUAGCAUAGCUCUAAACUAGCUCGCUCAUUCCGGCUUUUUGAGAGGGUUUCAUUAGCCGUCACUCACCGCUCGCUUAAUCUCAAUCAUCUAACAGGCGCUGAUUAGAGUCGCGUUAUAAUUUAGAUGGCAAGCUUCCCAGAUUGUGUUAAUGAAAACGAAAUAGCUAAAGCUAAGUUCAUUGGAGAACUAUUAGCUCCUGUGGCUCCCUUUGACCAGAAGUCUGGACGAGAGACGUGGACUGUGGCUUUUGCUCCUGAUGGUUCCUACUUUGCUUGGUCUCAAGGGCAUCGAAUUGUACGACUCUUACCUUGGUCAAAAUGCAUGAGCAGCUUCUCUGGGAGAAAGGAGGAGUGGCUAAAUGGCGCCGGACCCAGACGCUUGUCUCGGCAAGGUAGCGACGGUGUCCUGGUGCCCGGUGAGCCCAGAGAACACACCAUCGACUGUGGGGACAUUGUUUGGGGGCUGGCAUUUGGCUCGUCUGUUCCCGAAAAACAAAGCCGCUGUGAGAAUAUUGAGUGGCACCGCUUCAAAUUCGGCCAAGACCAGUUACUCCUGGCUACCGGCCUCAACAACGGCCGCAUCAAAAUAUGGGACGUGUAUACAGGAAAACUUUUGUUGAAUCUUAUGGAUCACACAGACAUUGUUCGGGAUCUAACAUUUGCGCCAGAUGGCAGUCUUGUGUUGGUGUCUGCUUCCAGAGACAAGACAUUGCGUGUGUGGGACCUCAAGGACGAUGGUAACAUGGUGAAAGUGCUGCGUGGGCAUCAAAACUGGGUCUACUGCAGUGCCUUCUCCCCAGACUCAUCAGUGCUGUGCUCCGUGGGUGCCGGCAAAGCGGUGUUCCUGUGGAACAUGGACAAGUACACAAUGAUUCGUAAGCUGGAGGGACACCAUAAUGAUGUGGUGUCCUGUGAGUUUUCUCCUGAUGGAGCCUUGCUGGCCACAGCUUCCUAUGACACUCGUGUCAUAGUGUGGGAUCCCCACACUGCCACUAUAUUGCUUGAGUUAGGGCACCUCUUCCCUCCUCCUUCACCUAUAUUUGCAGGGGGAGCAAAUGACCGCUGGGUUCGCUCUGUGGCCUUUUGUCAUGAUGGUCGCCAUAUAGCCAGCAUCACUGAUGACAGGUUGAUACGAUUUUGGAGCAUCGAUGAUAACUCUCCCCAGGCUGUUGCCUCAAUCACAAAUGGCCUCUGCUGUGCAUUCUCUCCAGAUGGAAGCGUUUUAGCUGCUGGUUCACGUGAUGGCGGCGUUCAUUUCUGGACAUGUCCUCGCAGCAUCUCCAGUCUGCAGCAUUUGUGUCGCAUGGCACUGCGAAGAGUGCUGUCCACACAGCAGGUCUAUGCACUGUCUGUCCCUCAAUGCAUGCAAGACUACCUAGCCUACAGAAGCUUCUAGUCCAAGAUGCAUGUCACAGCACACUGUUAAAUCAGUAAGAAAGAUUGGGCUAUUGGUGUUGAAGACUAAAUAAAAACAUACCAAAAAGCCCCACAAAGAAGGAGGGGGGAGUGCAGUGAUCUGUUGAAAGCCUACAAGCUAUACUUGAUGUCACUGCUUCAAAGUUUUGUAUGUUUUAAUGCUGCUUGCACCUUUCCUGUCAGUAUUUUUUUUCCUAAACCCUAAGACUUCUCAUUUGCUCUUUCACCUAUUUCAGCAAGUGGCCUUUAGACAGUCUUAUCAUCAGUCACUUUUUUUCUGGCACAACUUCUUGUGCAAAAACCUAUGAUGAAACUUGGAAUGAGAAAGCUGUAAUGUCUUCUUUUGCACAUGAGAUGUAAAUGAUUGUUAGUUGACCUGAAGUGGGUUUUUCUUUCAUGUAUAUCGGUGUGUGGUGGAGGGAGAUGAACAAACGAAAAGAAAUGUUCGAAAGCGCCGUUUCAGUGGCGCGCUUGUGUGAGAUGUAGGUUCGAGAAGAAUUUAGGAGAUCAGGGAUCUAGGCAGUGCCUUUAGUGUGCCUCAAUAGCAGCAGAAAUCUCUUGUGCUGUAUAUUCACAUCCAGACGCUGCCUCAUUAACAGCCUUUUUAUCAACCUCUGUAUCUCCCUGACAAUGAUGGAGUUCAUUUUCUUCGAACUUUUGUGUACAUACAUUUUGUAAAGAAAAGUUGUGUGCAUGUGUAAAUGUAUGUAUAUAUGAUAUAUCUAAAUUAGCUUUUUUAUGUUUUGUUUUUUUUCACUCUUUCUUUGCUGAAUCUAAAAAUGUGAUGUUUGUGUUGCUUUUUAUAUAUGUAUAAUGCUCCUGCUGUGAAAAUCCAGAGAAUGUGGCUUUACUCUGAAAUGGCUGUACAACAGAAGAGGGGUAUUAUGGGGUAUUCACUAGCAAAAGCACUAACAUACACUCUUCCUCCAAACUGACGCUACUUUUGAAAGGUUAAUGGGCUACCAAUAUUUAUAUUAUAUUUAAAAGCUCUGGUGCUUGUCAGGUGUUAAACAGCACAAUUAAAACGCUAUCCUAUGUUUUAGCCUCUCUUGGGGUUUUGCAAUGUGAGUAGUUCUCUACCUCCUGAGUACAGCCAGUACGUUGUACUUGGCCUGAGUACAAUCUGUUGGAGGCUAAGUGUUUACAUGCAGUUUAUGAGUUAGUGGUGUAACUGUUGAUAAUAUCCUUUUGCCCAUUGUAGCUUCUGAUUAAGGAAAAAGUGUGAGAGGUACAUGCUCAGUGAAUGAAGAAUGGUUGCUUUUUUUUAUGUGCGGACAAAGAAUCUUAGCAAUAAACUAUUUGUUGUAACCAUUGGAGCUGAUGCCAAAGAUCCCUUAGGGUUCUUUCUUGUAUUUAUGGCACCCAGUAUUAUUUUUCCUCUUUCUUCUAUUUCUGGCUAAAACUUGAAACGUAUGAACACUUGCCUGGUUUUUUUUGUGCUUAAGCCUUCUGCAUCAUAACCGUGUCAGAGCACUCUGCAAAAGAAAUUCUGUAUUAUCAGCUGAUUGCAUGCGGUAGCGCACUUUUCUGAUACAUAGACUUGCGUUGUACAGUGCAAACAUUUCCAAUGAUCUUGUUCACAAUAGAACUGGAGUAGUCAUAAGAAUGUACGGUUUUGGUUUUGUAUAAUAUUUUUUUUCUUGUGCAUUUUGUAGUUAAAUAAAGGCUUGUUUUCAAA